CCGUUUUUCUCUAACUUUGAACGUGCUGGUGGCAUUUUCUUCUUCCUCUCCGUUCUCCUUCCUCUCUCUCUAUUCCUUUUUUCUGAAAACCCUAACCGCCCAUAUUGCCAUGGGAGACUCUUCGCCUUCUCGCCGCUUUUCCGUUCAUCAAGCUUUCGGUGAUGGCUUUGUGGCUGAUGUUCUGCUGUGGAAGAAAUGGAGUGUAGGAGUUGUAUUGCUCGUCUCAGCAACGGCGUUGUGGUUCCUUUUUGAGAGAGCAGGUUACAAUCCGUUAUCAUUUGUCUCGAAUGUUCUGUUGCUGCUUGUCGUCAUCCUAUUUUUCUGGGCAAAAUCUGCUUCCCUUUUGAACAGACCUUUACCUCCCCUUCCUGAUCUGGAAAUAUCUGAGGCAUCCGUUAUGAUGGCCGCUGAUGUACUGCGGGUGUGGGUUAAUCGUGUAAUGUCUACUGCACGAGACAUUGCUAUUGGUAGAAAUUGGAAGCUCUUUCUCCAGGUUGCUUUUGGCUUAUGGGUAGCAUCUUACGUGGGGAGCCUCUUCAAUUUCCUCACCCUUGCCUAUAUUGCGGUUCUUCUCAGUCUCUCAGUUCCAGUGUUGUAUGAUAAGUACCAGGACCAUAUUGAUGAUAAGGUUUGCGUAACGCAUAAGUUGAUACAGACACAGUACCGAAAGAUUGAUGAAAGCCUUAGAAAGAAGAUUCCUAUUCCACUAAAUAAGGAGAAGAAGGUCCAGUAGGAUAGUAACAAGAUCGGUAAUGUGAUAUUAGGACAUUAGAGAUGGGUUUUCGACGUAUGAAGUAUGUUCUGGUUCCGUUUUACUGGGUUGCGGCCUCAUGCAUUUUAAACAUGCAGAGACUAGAGAGCUUGGUUAUCAGGUUGACCACAAUAUUAACAGUUGCAUCGUUUUUUUCCUUUUUCCUUGGGACUGGUGUCACUAUUGAGGUUUGGUCUGGAGUUGUUGGACCUCUGGUUUUACAUGUUCAUUUCCAUCUGUUAGAGUAGGAGCAAUUAACUUGCGAUUAUGGAACCUAG